AUGCAACUUAAUCCGACAAAUUCACAACCUUCUCGAUCUAAUCCUACCCCAAACAAUAAUAAAACAAGAUCGCAACCUUCUCUAUUCUAUCCUCCCAGAGAAAAUAAUGUAAAUUCGCAACCUUCCAUGUUUCAUUUUCCCAAGGCAAUCCCACAAAUUAAUUCAACGGCAUCACGACCUCCUUUGUAUUAUCCUCCGAGGGAACUUUCGCAAAUGAAUGUGGUAAAAUCACAACCUCCUCUUUUUUAUUUUCCAAAAGCAUUUCCACAAAUAAAUACAGCAUCAACACAAUCUUAUCUCCCUGUGGUACAUUCGCGUGUGAAUCCACAACAUUUUCCCAUUCCUAAGGAACAAUCACGAUUGAAUAAUGAAAUGGUUUUUCAUCCGCUUCCUUCUAAUCAACACAUUCCGAAUAAUGAACAAACGUUUUAUCAUCCAAAUCAACAAAUUCAUCCUCAUCCUCCUAGUCAACAAAAUAAUGAAAUGUAUUAUUAUCCGCAUCCUCCUAAUCAACAAAUUCCAAAUAAUAAUAAUGAAAUGUAUUUUCAUUCGCUUCCUUCUCAUCAACAAAUUUCGAAUAAUAAAGUAGUAGUUCAGCAACUUCAUCAUCCCAAAGACACUUUACUAUUAGAAAUAGAAGAUGAAUUCAUCAAACCAAAUGAACAGAUAAAAGAUGAACAAAUAGAAGUUGAAACAAUCGAACAAAAUGAACAAAUAGAAUAUGAUGACCAAAUAGAAUUUGAAACAAUUUAUCCUGAAGAACAAACGCAAAUUAAUGAAAAUUUUCCUACAGAGCGAAUUCAAAAUACAUCGCGAGAUGCUGUUACUAAUCGAUUCUCCAGAGAAACUGAAAGUCAAAGAUUAAUGAUAUAUAUAAUUCCAGAUAUGCAAAUCGAGUCCACUUAUGAACCAGACUUGAAACUUCCAACAUCGGAAUUAUGGUUUGAUUACUUGAACUCAAGAAGUUUACCACGUGUACAUGAAAACAAUCAUUGUAUUGCGAUUGAUUGUGAAAUGGUUGGGGUUGGUGAAAAGGGGAAAACGUCUGUAUUAGCGAGAGUUAGCAUAGUAAAUUAUUACGGUGAAAUAUUAUUGGAUAAAUUUGUCAAAAUUACCAGAAGAAUUACCGACUACAGAACUAAAUUUAGUGGAAUUACGCCUGAAUCAUUAAUUAAUGCAAUUGAAUUUAAUAAAGUACAAAAAGAAGUUGAACAACUUAUGGGAGGUCACAUAGUAGUUGGACAGUCCAUUUACUUUGAUUUCAAGGCCCUUAAAACCAACCAUCCGGAUUAUUUGGUCCGAGACACAUCACUUUAUAAUAGUAUCUUUUGUUUAGAUCGAGACACAGUUUCUUUAAAGAAGUUGGCUAAAAAUGUUUUAGGGAUCAAUAUUCAAGAAGGUGAACAUGACUCAAUUGAGGAUGCAAGAGCUUCCAUGAUACUCUAUAGGCAUCGACAGGCUGAGUGGGAAGAAUAUUUGAAGAAGAAUGGAUUCCCAAAACCAAGGGGAUGUAGAAUUUGUAAUGCAUAUCAUGUCGUUAGUGAAUGUCCAUAUAAUCGAAAGAAUUAUAAAAAGCGUAGAGAUACUAGGGGUAGAAACAGUAGAAACAGGAGAGAUGAUGGCAUUGAUUAUGAUGAAUAUAAUAGAGAUCCUAAUACAUCUAAAUAUUACUCAUAUAGUAACUCCAAUCAAUAUAAUUCAUAUAUACCUAAUUAUAAUUAUGUAGAUAGGUAUAAUCAUAAUCGUCGUUGGGGGAAUUAUUAA